CAACGCUGUAAGAGGAAGUUAACCAUUGGUCGGAAAGACACUCAUGAGAUAUAUUCUAUAUUUGAUAAAUAAAAAACUAAUUUUAGUUCCAUUUCAGUUCAGAAUAAAUUUAUAAUAACAAUUCAUGUGAUAACGAGUGUCGAAGAUCAAUUGUAAACGUGUCAGUGUCCUCAAAUCUAGUCGGCGGCUUUUGGUUCCUAACGAAUUUCUUCAUUUUUAAUUUCUUCAUAGAUAACAUUUUUAGAAACGCGGGGUUUCUCUCUUAAUUACUCUAACAACGGAGUGAAUAAACUAAGAGACGAUUCUCAAGUGUUUAACAGAUGUUUUUGGAGUUUUAGUGCCUCAUGAAAGGAAUAUUUGUACAUAGUGAACACAUUGCAGUAUCUCAACCGUUGUAACGGGAGUCUUUCAAAAACCCAUCCUAAAAUCGGAUAAUAAGGGAUCGACAUAACGUCCAUGAAGAUGUAUCAGUUUUCAUUCGCAUUUUGGCUGUUGCUAAUACAAAUAUCAAGUCGAAUUAGAGAGUUUAAUGGUGAAUAUAUUGGAGCAAGACAGCGAAUAUUCCAUCCUAGUAGAGGAUACGAACCAAAAAAAUUACAUCCAUGUGAACAAAGUUCUUGUUACCCAGCUACUGGCAAUUUGUUAAUUGGUAGGGAAAGUCAGUUAUACGCUUCAUCAACGUGUGGAGUGCAUGGCCAACAGAGAUAUUGUAUUGUGUCUCAUUUGGAUGCCGAAAGAAAAAAAUGCUUUUGGUGUGACUCCAGACCAUCUCCAAAACCUAACCCACUGCUAAAUCAUAAUAUUAGUAAUAUUGUUUAUAGACUCUUUCCGGGGACACGUCAAAAGUCGUGGUGGCAAUCUGAAAAUGGCAAAGAAAAGGUAUACAUUCAGUUGGAUUUAGAGGCUGAGUUCCAUUUUACACAUUUAAUUAUAACGUUUAAGACCUUUAGGCCAGCUGCCAUGUUAAUAGAAAGGUCUUUCGAUCACAAGAAAACUUGGCAGGUAUAUAGAUAUUUUGCUGCGAAUUGUACAGAAAGUUUUCCUGGUGUCAAAGAAGGUACAGCUCAAGAGAUUACGGACGUAGUAUGCGAAUCGAGAUAUUCCGGCGUAGCUCCAUCUACUGACGGAGAGAUUAUUUACAGAGUGCUUCCUCCAAACUUGCCCAUAGACAAUCCUUAUUCAGAGCAAGUACAAGGACUAUUAAAAAUUACAAAUUUAAGAAUCAAUUUUACUAAAUUACAUACACUAGGAGAUGAUCUUCUGGAUCGAAGAGAAGAAAUACAAGAGAAAUACUAUUAUGCUAUAACUGACUGGGUAGUUCGUGGAUCAUGUUCAUGUUAUGGUCAUGCAAACCGUUGCCUUCCUCUUCCUGGUAUAGAUCCAAAACCUGAUAUGGUACACGGAAGAUGUGAAUGUACUCAUAACACCAAAGGUCGCAACUGUGAAAAAUGCGAAGAUUUUUUCAAUGAUCUGCCGUGGAGACCUGCUAUUGGAAAACAAACUAACGCUUGUAAAAGAUGCAACUGUAAUAACCAUGCAACUAGUUGUCAUUUUGACUCAGCUCUAUAUGAAUCAACGGGACAUGUUAGUGGAGGUGUUUGUGAUGGCUGUCAGCACAAUACUAUGGGACCAAAUUGUGAAUUGUGUAAACCGUUUUAUUACAGAGAUCCGCAGAGGGAUAUACAAGAUCCAGAAGUGUGUCGACCCUGUGAUUGUGAUCCUCGAGGAGCAUUGGAUGGUGGAAUCUGCGAUUCUGUCACUGACCCAGUAAAUAAUUUAAUAGCUGGAUUUUGCCAUUGUAAAGAAAAUGUUGAGGGACGUCGUUGUGAUGUUUGUAAAAACGGUUUUUGGAAUUUCACGGAGGAAAAUCCUUUAGGUUGUCAAAAUUGUACUUGUGAUACUUUUGGUACGAUUGGUAAUCAAGGUUGCAACGUAGACACAGGAGAAUGUACUUGCAAACGGUACGUAACUGGGCGAAAUUGUAAUCAAUGUCUUCUUCAAUAUUGGGGAUUAUCCGACAAGCCUGAUGGUUGUCAACAAUGUGACUGUGACCCUGGUGGUUCAUACGACAAUUUUUGUGAUGUAAUAAGUGGACAGUGCAAAUGUAGAGAUCAUAUGACAGGUAGAACUUGUGAUACUCCAAAACAACAAUACUUCACUGCUAGUCUUGAUUUCCUAUUAUAUGAAGCGGAAGCUGCCAAAUCUAAUGGGCAAGUUGUUAUAAGAGAACCAUAUAGGGACGGAAGAAAAAACACCUGGACUGGUACUGGUUUUGGUAAAACUUUCCAAGGCGGGUUUUUAGAGUUUGUAAUUGACGACAUUAAAACCUCUAUGAAUUAUGAUAUUGUUGUCAGAUAUGAACCUACAAGUUCAGAGAGUUGGGAAGAAGUUGUCGUGAAAAUUGAAAGACCAGAUAGAGUUUCAGAAGGCCCCUGUCAAAAUAUAAAUCCUAGAGACGACAUGAAACUGGUUCAUCUACCAGCAACAUCAAAAAGUGUCAUCGUGUAUCCACCAGCUUGCCUGGAAGCUGGGAAAAUAUACAAAAUAAUACUUGAAUUCAGAAGAUCCAAUGUACAAAAAGAAAUUCCAACAGCUUCUGUGUUAAUCGAUUCCAUAGUUCUUCUUCCUCGAAUUGACGACAUACCAUUUUUCCAAGGCUCGGCAGCUGCAGAUUUUAGGAGACAGGAAUAUGAAAGGUAUCACUGCAACGAUCCCUCAUAUUUUGGAAAAGAAGCAGAUAUUCCAGAAAUUUGUCAAAAAUAUCGUGCUAGUAUUGGAGCAUAUGUAUUUAAUGGAGCAUUUUCCUGCCAAUGUGAUCCCCAUGGAUCUGUCAGCAAGCUUUGCGAUCGUAAUGGCGGUUUUUGUACCUGUAGACCGAAUGUAGUGGGAAGGCGAUGCGAUCGUUGUGCUCCUGGAACUUUUGGUUUUAGUCCUGAAGGAUGUAAAUCUUGUGAUUGUAAUAGUAUUGGUGCACUUGACAAUUUUUGCAAUGUCACUACUGGCCAGUGUAAAUGUAGAGCUAACAAUUACGGUAGAGAAUGCGAUCAAUGUAGAAUUGGAUCUUGGAACUUUCCCAAUUGUGAAAGAUGUGACUGUAACGGCCAUGCAGACAUUUGUGAAUCAAAAACAGGCAUUUGUAUUAAUUGCAGAGAUAAUACUCAAGGAGAACACUGUGAAUAUUGUAUUGAUGGGUUUUACGGUGAUCCUAGAAUUGAUGUCGAUAUUGCAUGUAGACCAUGCCCUUGUCCAGGACAUUUAGGUUCGAACCAUUCUUUCGCAGAUAGAUGUAUGUUGGAUGUUAUCUCCAAAGAUGUUAUAUGUGAGUGCCAAGAAGGAUAUUCUGGAGCUAGAUGCGAUGUUUGUUCAGAUAAUUAUUAUGGAAAUCCCGAAGUGCCCGGAGGAAAAUGCCAGCCUUGUGAAUGUAGCGACAAAAUUGACCUCUUAGCUCCAGGAAAUUGUGAUCCUCAUACAGGAAAAUGCCUGAGGUGCUUGCACGAUACUACAGGUGAUCACUGUGAAAUAUGUAGACCUGGUUUCUUUCGAUAUUCAGAUGAUCGCAUUUGUGAAGAAUGUGUAUGCCACAUUUUGGGAACAAAUAGCUCGGCAGGCCAUUGUGAUCCUACGAACGGACAAUGCCAUUGUUUACCCAACGUUUCUGGUUUAAGAUGUGAUGCUUGCAUUGCCAAUCACUGGAAGAUUGCUAGUGGUGAAGGUUGUGAAGCUUGUGCAUGCGACCCUCUAGGUUCCCUUAGUCCUCAGUGUAAUGAGUUUGAUGGACAAUGUCAUUGUAGACCAGAAUUUGGAGGAAGGCAAUGUAACGAAUGUACACCUAGAUCUUAUGGAGAUCCAAAAGUCCAGUGUUUCAAAUGUGAUUGCAAUUUAAGGGGUUCAAAAACGGAACAAUGUAAUAUGCAAACAGGAACGUGCGUGUGUUUACCUGGAGUGGGAGGUUAUAAAUGUGAUACAUGUGCUAGAGGUUAUAUAGGAGGCGUUCCAGAUUGUAUAGCUUGUGGAGAAUGUUUCGACAAUUGGGAUAGAAUCCUUAUGGAAGCUAAAAAUCAAACUUUGGAAAUUAUUGAAAGAGCAGGAGAUAUAAAAAAAAUUGGAGCCACUGGGGCCUACACCAAAGAAUUCGAUGAAAUGCAAAACCAACUAGACGAAAUUGAACAACUUCUGAAUAAUACAGAUGAAGUAGAUGUAGAUGAAAUAGAAAAUGAGCUUCAAAUGUUACGGAAUAGAAUAAAUAUAACAGAAAAUGAUAAAUUAAACAAAUUAGAUGACCAACUGGAUGACAACAAGCAGUUAGUACUUUUGAAAGAAGUAACAUUAAACGAUUUGAACAACUCACUAAAUGCCCUCAAACAGAAAAUUAAAGAUCUUGAAAAUAAUGGUACGAAACUGCAAGAAGCAAAUGUACAGGGAGCUCUGUCACUAAUUGGACAAGCAAAAGAGAAAGCUGAUAAGGCGCUACAAAAGGCUGAAAUUUCACAGGAAGAUGUCAAAUAUGCCGAAACACAGUGCACAGCUACAGCAAACUUCAUAAACAAUACAGAAAAAUUAUACAAAAAACAAUCUGAAGACAACGAAAACGAGAUCAACAAUAUUUCAAACAAAUUAGAUCAACUCAAUAGCCAAAUUCCAGAGUUAAACAAUUUAGUUUGCGAUGGACGUGGGGAUCCUUGCGACGCAAUUUGUGGAGGUGCUGAUUGUGAUAAUGGUUGCGGCAACUCCAUUACUUGUGCGAAUGGUGCUAAACAACAAGCUGCUACAGCUAUUAGGAAUGCUAAUGAUACGGAAAUUGCUCUCAGAAAUAAAGAAACAGCUGCUAAUGAUUUCAUUAGAAAUGUUUCUCAAAUCAAUACUAACGACACCAGAAAUUUGGCUAAGGAUACUUUGGAUAAAAUUUUCCUCGAACUUACAAACGCCAAUAAAUCUUUGAAAGAAAUGAGUGACAUGAGAAAUGAAAUGAUGGACUUCAUGAAUCAAAAUAAGUCUAAACCUGCAGAUAUUAAAAAAUUGGCAGAAGAGAUAUUAAAGAAAAAUGUCGAAAAAACACCGGAAGAAGUUAGAGAACUGGCUGAGAAUAUUAAGAAUGCUAUAGAUCGUUUAACAAAUACUGAUUAUAUUAUUGAAGACACUAAAGGGGAUUUAGCUAAAGUUAACGAGUUAAAGGAGCAUGCCAAAUAUGCAAAGACCAAUGCUACGAAAUUACUCAAAGAAGCAGAAGAUGUCAAUGAUGUAUUAAAUAAAACGCAGGAUGCACAAAAGGAGGCUGAAAGUGCCAUUGAUAAAGCUUGGAACGACUAUAGGGUAGUUGAAAAUAUACUAUACAUGAUCGGUAAUAAAACUGAAUCAGCACAGGAUCUGACAACUCACAUAGAUACGGAUAUUCGUGGACUUAAGAAUAAAUUGACAGACUUACAAAGAAAUAUUACCGAUAAUGGAAUAUUCGCAAAUAGAGUUAUAGAGGAAUCUAUAAAUAUUAAGCAAAAUGCGCAAAAAACUAGGGAAGAAUCUGUUGUCUUGCAAGAAAAAUACAAUAAGGCUACAAACGAAUUAGAUCAAAAGUUAAAUAACGUAAAAGCAACCAAAGAGCGAGCUAGUGAUUUAUUCAAAAAGUCUAUUAAUUUGGUCGCCAAAGUUACUAAAACACAAGAAGACAUACAAAAAUUAGAAGAUAGCGGACAAUUGCUGGAAUUAAAAACGUUAGAAGACACGUUGCAAGGUUUAAUUAAGAAAAUGAACGAUUAUACUUCAAGACUAGAAGGAAAAAUGCAGUACUAUAAAAACUGCAACUAAACUUAAAUAUCAUUUAUAUAAAUUUAAUGUUAUUUAAAAGCAAACGGGAAAUAUUUUGUUGACCAGAAAAUAACAGUUUGUAAAUAUAUUUGUAAGGAUAUAUGGUCUGAAUGGCAUCAAACAUAUGUAUCUCGAAUCAUUUUAUUAACGCUAGAUUAAUUACUACUUUUCAAAUUGUCUUGGUGCAUUUUUAUUAAAAUUUCAGUUUAUGUAUUUAGUGUGGAAACAUUAACGUAAUUUAUGGUUGCCAUUUAUUUUUAGUACAUUUUAUGAUACAUUAUUCACUUAAUAUUUAACAUCUUAAAUAGGUUUUGCAUAUUGCAAAUUAGUUCUAUGGUCCAUGCUAACAUUUAUAUCUCUGUAAAUAAUAAAUAAUUUAUUUUUAGUUUGGUUUCCUUUUUAUAUACAACGAGCACUUGUAAAUUGAUUUUUUAAUAAAUUGAUUAAAAGUUUAAGUAUUGGAGUAUGUAUGUGUAUUUAAUUCCAUAAGUAUAUCACAUAUUACUGACUUACGAUAGUAAUAAUAAUAAUUUAUGUUUAUAUAUAUAUAUACAGUACAAAAUUAACUUAAUCACGAAAAUUGUAUCACUGGUAACAUGAGCAUAAAUAGCAUUAAUAAAACCGUCAAGUAUUUUU